UGCGGAGAAGGCGGCUCGCGCCCCUGCCCGCGCCUCGGGCGGCAGCGCGCGGCUGAGGGGCGGCCCGGCCGCUCCCCCCCCACCUCCAGCCCGGUGGUUUUACCUGCCGGGCCCGCGCUGCUCCCCGGUACGACGGCUCCGGGUUUUGCCGAGGGAAGCUGAGGUGUCUGCAUUGGGGAGGAGAAAUUGGAUUCCCAACCAAACACAACUGCUGUCAUGCAAACUUCGUUUGUGAGUCUGUAACAAAAAGAUGGAUCUGGGAUCACAUUCCACUCUAAACAAACACCUGCAACAGACAGGAAUUCCAUCUGGAUCACAAGAUAAAGUGUCAGUUCCUGAUUCUGGACCAGAAAUGGCUGAUCCUCAGGUGGCUGUAGCUCCUGUAGUAACAUCAAAGUUGUCUGCUAAAGCACCUGAGUUUUAUCCAUCAGGAUACAACCAGAACUUCAAUCAGAACUUUGCAGAUUCUUCCUAUGAAGAUAGAUACGACGGCUAUCUGACUUUGGCAGAAUAUGUACAAGACUUCCUAAAUCACCUCACCGAGCAACCUGGUUGCUUUGAAACUGAAAUAGAGCAGUUUGCCGAAACACUGAAUGGCUGGGUCACUGCAGAUGAAGCUUUACAAGAACUUGUUGAACUCAUCUAUCAGCAGGCCACAUCUGUCCCAAAUUUUUCCUACAUAGGAGCACGGUUGUGUAACUAUCUGUCUCACCAUCUAACCAUUAGUCCACAAACUGGGAACUUCCGACAGUUGUUACUUCAAAGGUGUCAAACAGAGUAUGAAAACAGAGAUGAAGCUACCAAAGGAGAUGAGGCUACUCGAAAACAGUUUCAUGCCUUUGUGCUGUUCUUGGCUGAACUUUACCUUAACCUAGAGAUCAAAGGAACAAAGGGACAGGUAACGCGAGCAGAUAUUCUUCAAGAAGGCCUUCGGGAAUUACUAAAUGCGCUCUUCUCUAAUCCUGUGGACAGUAAUUUGAUAUGUGCAGUGAAACUGCUGAAGUUGACAGGCUCAGUUUUAGAAGAUGCCUGGAAAGAAAAAGGAAAGAAUGAUAUGGAGGAACUGAUACAGAGAAUUGAAAAUGUUGUGUUGGAUGCAAACUGUAGCAGAGAUGUGAAACAUAUGCUUCUGAAACUAGUAGAACUACGAUCAAGUAACUGGGGUAGAGUUCAUGGAACUUCUGCACAUACAGAAGCUACCCCUGAAAAUGACCCAAACUAUUUUAUGAAUGAGCCAACGUUUUACACUUCUGAUGGUGUUCCGUUCACUGCAGCAGAUCCAGAUUACCAAGAAAAAUACCAAGAGCUGCUUGAAAGAGAGGAUUUGUUUCCAGAUUAUGAAGAAAAUGGAACAGAUCUAUCAGGAUCUGGAGAGCCGUAUUUUGAUGACGUUGAUGAUGAGAUGGAUCCAGAAAUUGAAGAAGCAUAUGAAAAAUUCUGUCUAGAAUCAGAACAUAAGAGAAAACAGUGAGAUGUUAUACGUUAAUGUUAAUUUAACCAGUUUAGAUAUGGUUAAAAUACAAGGGGAUAUAAAACAUUUGUACCAAAAUAAGGAACUUGAGUUUCUCCAAGUACUGAAGUUAUACAAUUUCCAUUUUGUUUAACAGAAUCUGCCAAAAAUUGUAAACUUAUGCCCUGUAACUUAAAAUGUUGUGUAUAUAUCAUAGUUUAUUUUAUGUACAGGUAUAUGAACAAUGUUUUGGCUGCAAUAAAAAGAUUUAAAAAUUAUCAUAAUGGAAAUUUAAAAUUUAAUGGGGAACUGUCCCAUAAAUUUUUCCCUUGAGGGAGAAAGGGGAAGAAUAACUUCAUAUAAAUUUAAUUGCUCGCUUGCUUGUUUUAGUAUAUAUUGAGAUUUACUCAUCUCUUUACCAUAUGCAAGAUACUUGGUACAUAGGGGGUUUGGGUUUGUUUUUUUUUUUUGUUAAGGGGAGUAGGAUCCAAAGACAGAUUAUUUUUUUUUUUUGUAGAUCACAGUCAUGAAAAGUGGUUUGUGAAAGUUUUGUUGGGGAGGCGGGGCGGGGGGGGGUGUGUUUGUUUAUUUCCUUUUUCUUCCUUCUCCAAAACUCAUAUAGGUGAGGUAUAGACUCUUUUUUUCUGGAAUAAACAUGUUAUAUGUCACCAUGUGAAAAAGCAGGCAGUAUUUUGGUAGUUCUGUGCUAUAAAGAUCUUUGGUUCAGAUGAGCUUAUUUUCAACUUUUACAAGUAAAAGCUAUCCUUUAAUUUGUUGUGUUCUUCAAGACUAAAUGAAUAUAUUUGUUUUAACACAUGCUUCUCGAGAGUAUGUGUAGUGCUUGACUUGUUUGUUUCUUUUUUUAGUGUAUCUAACAUGUCUAACCUUCUGGCAACCCUUGUGACUUCCUCCAUUCUUCUAAUUUUAUGUAGUUUGAUUUAAUUUUGUAGUUGGAGUAAAUUCAUGUAUUUCAUAAAUGUUAACAUUCCGGAGCCAACUGCUCUUUUUUGACACCAUAUGAUCAUGUUAGUUUUCCUAGGUUACUCUGUUGUUGUUGCCAAACUCAGUUGUGCUGUUUCCUGUUACCUGUUACUGGUUGACUGAGUAGAACCCCUUUCCAAAAACAAAUGGAAAUACUUCCCAGGAGUUAGCUACUGUAAAGAACACAUGUUGUAAAUAUGCAUGUAAAUAGUUCUGUUAAUAUUUCACUGUUACUUGUUUGGUUCAAUAACUUGUGCAUCUGCUAAUACAGUGAGCACUGACUGUUUUCUGGAUGUUUAUUUAACAUACUUAUUUAGGUUGGAGUUUUGGAAAAUAAAAUUUAACUACGGUUGUUUCCUUUGGUAUAA